AUGUCUGCUACUAGGCCGUUGAACCUUGAUCUGGAUCCCCACAGCUGCUACUCCUCAGGUGAGAAACCAGUUCACUUGCUCUCGUCAGAAUAUCACUCGCCAGAACGCAAGCGGCAUGAUAGGCCCCUAAUCGUCUCCGUGGACUAUAAGUACCGGGGCUCUCUAUCGCCCAGCGUAUCAUUCGCAAAGUGGAAUAUCAGCGCACCCGUCGUCUCUCAUAAAAUGUCCACUCCCCGCGUUGCUCUUGUUACAGGCGCCUCCCGAGGCAUCGGAGAGGCCGUCGCCCUGCGCCUCGCAGAGGAUGGGUACGAUUUGGUGUUAAAUGACUUAGCUCCCAUGGCGGCCGGGUUGGCAACCGUUGUUGAGAAGGUCCAGCAGAAGGGCAGACGCGCUGUCGCUAUUCUAGGGGACGUGUCCAACGAGGACGAUGUGAAGGCUAUGGUUGAUAAAGCCGUUCAUGACCUGGGAAGCGUGGACGUGAUGGUUGCCAAUGCAGGAAUCCUCGUGGUCGAUUCUGUGCUUGAGACUUCUGUCAAAGAUUUCAAUCGGGUCAUGUCUGUCAACGUCAUAGGUACCUUCUUAUGCUUCAAGUACGCUGCUAUGCAAAUGAUCAAGCAGGGGCGAGGCGGCCGAAUCAUAGGUGCCGCAUCCAUGGCUGGCAAGACGGGAGCAUUCGCUCUGUCUGCGUACUGUAGCUCGAAGUUCGCUGUACGAGGUCUGACUCAGACUUGCGCACUUGAAUGGGCUGAGCAUGGAAUUACCGUGAACAGCUAUGCCCCCGGACUCGUCCGUACUCCAAUGAUCCAAGAUCCUAAUGAUCCCAAGCGCACUGGUCCAGCUGUGUUCAAGGAGUCUCUUCAUAUGCCCGCGAACUCACCGGAGGCAGAUCCCUCUGCCAUUGCAGGGCUCGUAUCCUACCUCGCAAGGCCCGAAUCUCAGUUUAUCAGCGGUGGGUAUUAG